AUGGGAAAUGGAUCGGUAAAACCGAAGUACCUGAAGAGACCCGACAGUCAUGCAGGGAGCUGUCCUUUUGGUUGCCCGGGGGGCAGCAGCAAGUUGGGGAAAGACCCGGUUUUGAACAUCAGCACGAUAACGGGCGCGGCGGAUAUUCUACGGAGCAAAGUUUGGGAGCUUGAAAGGGAGCUGAAGAGACAGGAAGAGGAGCUACAGGAGAGGGACUAUCACAUCAUCGAGCUUCAAGAGCAGCUGGCUAAGCAAACCCGAACCAUAGCCGAUCUCACCGAGGAACUCAAGUGUAAAUGCAUUCAGCUGAACAAGUUGCAAGAUGUGGUGGACACCCAGGGAGCAAACCCUUUCCUCUUUUCCCCUCUCAAAGAAGCGCCCAGGGUCGGCCCUGCAGCGUCGAAUAACCGGAGGAGAGGGGCUCGGGAAGGGGUGUCUGCUGAGCCCACGACCAGGACAUAUGACCUGACGGAGCAACCCCGGUUUUCCUUUGAAAAAGCAAGAGUCAGAAAGCCUUCCAGUGAGAAAAAGCUGAUCACGGAUGCCCUGAACAGGAACCAGUUUCUGAAGAGACUGGACCCGCAACAGAUCAGAGAUAUGGUAGAAUGUAUGUACGGAAGAACAUACCAGCAGGGGAGCUAUAUAAUCAAGCAAGGGGAGCCUGGAAACCAUAUAUUUGUACUGGCAGAGGGCAGGUUGGAGGUCUUUCAGCAGAACAAACUACUUUCAUCCAUCCCUGUGUGGACAGCAUUUGGGGAGCUGGCUAUUUUAUACAACUGCACAAGGACGGCCUCCGUGAAAGCUGUCACCAGUGUGAAAACAUGGGCAUUAGACAGAGAGGUUUUCCAGAAUAUCAUGAGGAGGACAGCCCAAACGAGGCACGAACAAUACCGGAACUUCCUGAGAAGUGUGUCUUUGCUGAAGAAUAUGCCAGAAGAUAAGCUGACCAAGAUCAUAGACUGCUUGGAAGUGGAAUACUAUGACAAAGGGGAUUAUGUUAUUCGUGAGGGAGAGGAAGGAAACACCUUCUUCGUCAUAGCAAAGGGGAAGGUUAAAGUCACCAAGACUGCCGAAGGAUGCACGCAGACCCACCUGAUUAAAAUAUUGCAGAAAGGAGAUUACUUUGGGGAAAAGGCUUUGAUCAGCGAUGAUGUCAGGUCUGCAAACAUAAUUGCAGAUGAAAAUGACGUGGAGUGCCUUGUUAUAGACAGAGAAACCUUCAACCAGACCGUUGGGACGUUUGAAGAGCUCCAGGCAUAUCUGGUGGGUUAUGUGGCCAAUCUGGCUCGUGAUGACGAGAAACGCCAGGCUCAAGUUUCGUCUUCUGAGCGGCUACCCAGUGAUGUCUCAUUAGAGAUGAUACAGAUCAAAGAAAAAGUAACCCAGUUUCCUUCCUCCUGCCCGUUUCAGAACCUGGAAAUUGUCGCUACCUUGGGUGUCGGUGGGUUCGGAAGAGUUGAGCUUGUUAAAGUCAAGAAUGACAAUACAGCUUUCGCCAUGAAAUGUAUUAAAAAGAAGCACGUAGUGGAUACGAAGCAGCAAGAGCACAUUCACUCGGAAAAGAAAAUUCUAGAAGAAGUCCGUUCGCCAUUCAUUGUUAAAUUGUACCGCACUUUCAAAGACAACAAAUAUGUUUACAUGCUCUUGGAAGCCUGUCUUGGAGGCGAACUGUGGAGUAUCCUGAGGGACAGAGGCAGCUUUGACGAAACCACUGCAAAGUUCUGCGUUGGGUGUGUGACAGAAGCGGUUGAAUAUUUGCAUCACAUCAAUGUUAUCUACAGGGACCUGAAGCCAGAAAAUUUAAUUCUGGAUGCCCAAGGAUAUAUAAAACUGGUUGAUUUUGGCUUUGCUAAGAAGAUUGGACCUGGUCAAAAGACCUGGACCUUUUGUGGCACGCCUGAGUACGUUGCUCCUGAAGUCAUUCUGAAUAAAGGGCAUGAUUUCAGUGUGGAUUUCUGGUCACUUGGAAUACUAGUUUAUGAAUUGCUCACGGGAAAUCCUCCAUUUUCUGGGGUGGAUCAAAUGAUGACCUACAAUUUGAUUCUAAAAGGUGUUGAACGGCUGGAUUUUCCCAGAAUAAUAACAAAGCGACCUGAAGAUUUGAUUCGGCGUCUCUGCAGACAAAACCCUACCGAGAGAUUAGGAAACCUGAAGAAUGGGAUACAUGAUAUAAAAAGGCACAGGUGGCUGAACGGUUUCAAUUGGGAGGGACUCAAAGCAAGGAAGAUAACAUCGCCUUUAAAAAGAGAGCUUUCAGGCCCGAUGGAUUACAGCUAUUUCGACAGAUACCCUCCUGAGCAGGGGGUCCCACCGGACGAGCUUUCAGGCUGGGAUAAAGAUUUCUAAGAGGACCAGAGCGACACCUUUGUAAAUCAGCAUUAUUAACCGCCACCGAUUGUCUGCACUAAUUACGAACACCCUUGUUAAGAGCUCUGCCCAGCUGCAUUCGCAUCUGCAGGACUUUUACAAUCAGAUUCGAUGCGACGUGGGACCACGCCCUGAUUUGUUUUGUAACCUCAAAGGGUUUGUGCAUGACAAGUUUUAUCUUUGAAGGACAGAAUCGGAGGGGACAGGUGCCCAGAAAGCGUCGCCUCCACCCCCACACACUGAAUUGCAGACUGAAUUCUCCAUCCGUCUCUUGCAGAAGGGCGCGAUGCAUUCGUUACAUCAGCAUCUGUGCUCUGGGCAUGUUUUGCAUAAAAUGUCACUGUGAGCAAGGCUGGGCCAGGAGAUGAAAAAUGAAGGAGCAGCAGAGGUGUGGUGGGAGAGAGGCUAGAAACAGAGUUGCAUUCCGAUUAGCUUCAUGUAGGUGACCUUUUUCUUCUCCUCCAUCAGAGAAAACAAAGCCAACACCCAGCGGCGUAGCGUAGCUGCAGGGCGCCCGGUGCAGGGAUCUUCCCCAGGCUUACGUGAUGAUGUCACUUCCGGUGACGUCAUUGCCGAAGACAUGGCCGCAGCGAGCUCGCUGGAUGCCGAGCUGGCUGCUCUUGUGCGGGCAACUGCCCGCA